AUGAGUCGACUAUUGUUCAUCUUUGUUACCUUUGCGUCCCUCGUUCCAGCAGCUCACCUGGGAAUGCCGACUCACAGAAAAGCACACUGGCAGGCCGAGUUCUUCCGCCAUACGAAACGGCAAAUCCCCGCAAAACGAGGUCCUCCCGAGGAUUGGGAGGAUAAAGUGCCGCUUGUUGUGACCAACAAAUGCGAAACAACAAUCUGGCCUGGCAUUGCCACCCAGUCCGGUACUGGCCCCGGAACUGGGGGUUUCGAAUUGGCGCCCGGAAACAACAAGACUCUGUGGGUCGCGGCAGAUUGGCAGGGACGCGUUUGGGGGAGGACGAAUUGCACAGUCAAUGGCGAGUCGUGUGCGUGCAAAACUGGAGACUGCUUCUCCAAGCUUGACUGCGAGUUCAGUGGAGCAACCCCUGCCACGCUUGCAGAGUUCAACCUGGCCGGCGGCGUGAAUGGCAUGCAAACAUUCUACGAUAUAUCUUUGGUUGACGGCUACAAUCUCCCCGUGGGCAUCAGCUACAUCCCUGGCAAGAACACAACAUAUAUCCCCCCAAAUUUGACAAACUGUGCGUGCAUUGCAACGGCCGGCUGGCUCUCCAGCAACGCCAAGACUGGCACAUUUUAUGCCAACUCUACGUUCCCAGUUCCCUUGGAACCAGAUGAGACAAACCAAAGCAUCGAGAACUGGUGUCCGUGGCCCAAUCUCGCCUUUCCCCCCACUAAGCCUGGGGACGGCGUGUACCCGUAUCCAGACGACAACAUCCAACGGCCCGCAUUUUCACCUUGCAACAGUGCCUGUGCAGCAAGCGGCUCGGAUGAAGAUUGCUGUGUCGGAAAGUACCAUGACCCAAAUGUUUGCAAGCCAUCGAGCUACAGCAAAGCAGUCAAGACGGUCUGUCCCGACGCAUACAGCUUUGCCUUUGACGACCAAAAGUCAACUUUCAUCAUCCCAAAGGGAGGUGGCUGGGAGGUGGUCAUGUGUCCUUCCGGUCGGUCGACUGAUAUUUUACGACAGCUGGGCAAAGAGUUAUUCGAGUUGGCAAGCGGCGGCAGCCUGUCAAUGCGGUCUAUAAGGAUGCUCCGGAACACCAGUUACGUCGAAACUGGCAAGGGAGCAGCUGGCGGGUUGACGCCGUCAACGGGACUGACGGCCGCUCUGCUAGCUUCACUCAUUGCUUUUCUAGUCAUGGCAUGA